CCACAGUCAUUAAGGUCUCGGCGUGCAGGGGCGCGGACGACAUUCUGUGCCGCACGCGCAUUUUGAGUGAAAUCGGGGAUGCACCGCGGAGAAUGAGUUGUCAUUAUUAGCGGCUUCACAAAUUUAUGUCUAUGUCAGAAAUUGCAGCGCAAUUCAUAUAUUUACCUAGGGAAGAGGCGACUGUAAAUAUCCCCGCGUUCAAUUUUUUGAUGCCGAUUGCUUUUUACUGACAUUGAAAGCGUGAAGAUUAUAGGGACCUGGUAACAAAAAAUAGGGAAGGAAAAUGCUGCUAACGUUGUAUGAACUUUCCGUCGAAAAUAAGAUUUUUUACGCCGUGCUUCUCUUCUCAUGGACGGUGUACCUUUGGGAGGCCUAUCUUGCCUCCAGGCAGCGGAAGAUUUAUAAGUCCACCAUUCAUGUCCCGGUUGAAUUGGGCAAAAUCAUGGACAAGGAGACCUUCGAGAAGUCGCGCCUGUACCAGCUGGACAAGAGCAACUUCAGCUUCUGGUCAGGGUUGUAUUCAGAGGCCGAGGGGACGCUCAUCUUGCUCCUUGGGGGGAUCCCUUUUCUCUGGGGGGUCUCUGGUACGAUCACUGCCCGGUUCGGCCUUGGUACUGAUUAUGAGAUCUCCCAGUCCUUGGUUUUCCUGAUGCUAGCCACACUCUUCAGUGCGCUCACUGGCCUGCCUUGGAGUGUCUAUAACACCUUCGUCAUUGAGGAGAAGCACGGCUUCAACCAGCAGACACUAGGCUUCUUUCUGAAGGACGCGGUUAAGAAGUUUCUGGUGACUCAGUGCAUCCUCCUCCCCGUCACCUCGCUCCUCCUCUACAUCAUCAAGAUCGGUGGCGACUAUUUUUUCAUCUACGCCUGGCUCUUCACACUCGUCGUCACUCUGGUUCUGGUCACGAUAUACGCUGAUUACAUCGCCCCACUGUUUGAUAAGUUUACGCCUCUGCCGGACGGAGAGCUGAGGAAGGAGAUCGAGAGCCUGGCCCAGUCCAUCAGCUUUCCCCUCACCAAGGUCUACGUGGUGGAAGGGUCAAAGCGCUCGUCACACAGCAAUGCCUAUUUCUACGGGUUCUUCAAGAAUAAGCGCAUCGUGUUGUUCGAUACCCUGCUGGAGGAUUACUCCCCGCUGAACAAGGGCCCCGAGGUGGAGCCCCAGCAGGGGGCAGGGGACGAGGGGGACGAGCAGAGCAAGCCGAAGGCCAAGAAUAAGAGGCAGGGCUGCAACAACCCAGAGGUCCUGGCUGUGCUGGGACAUGAGCUUGGCCACUGGAAACUGGGACACAUGGUCAAGAACAUCCUGAUAAGCCAGAUGAACUCCUUCCUGUGCUUCUUCCUCUUUGCUGUCCUGAUUGGCCGGAAGGAGCUCUUCAUGGCCUUCGGUUUCCAUGACAGCCAGCCCACUCUGAUUGGUCUGAUGAUAAUAUUCCAGUUCAUCUUUUCGCCCUACAAUGAGCUGCUGUCUUUCUGUCUGACGGUGCUGAGCCGCAGGUUCGAGUUCCAAGCCGACGCCUUCGCCCGUGCCAUGGGCCAGGCCUCGGAGCUCUACUCCGCCCUCAUCAAGCUGAACAAGGAUAACCUGGGCUUCCCCGUGUCCGACUGGCUCUUCUCCAUGUGGCACUACUCCCACCCUCCUCUGCUGGAGCGCCUGAGGGCUCUGCGGGGCCCCAAGCAGGACUGACGCUGCCCGCGGAGGGAGGCGGCCCCCCUGCCUGGCUACCCCAAAGGAGCAGCCUUUCCUCCAAAGACCCUCUGAUACUCCAGCCUCUCCUACCCCACCCCCUCUCCCGCCUCUCUUCCUCCUUCAUUUCUCCUCCAUCUUGAUUUUGCUUUUGUUAGCUCACCUGAAUGUCAGCAUCAAACGAACGCGUUUGCUGUAGGAGAGCCAGGCUGCGGCUGCUGCUGUGGUCUGUCAAAAUGGUUUGGCUGAGAUGCUCCCCAUAUACGUUUUACUUUUUUAAUCCCUUGUGUCUAUUAGACAGACUAUUAAUAUGUAACAGGCUGUCUGCUGUCAGACCAGGAGCCUCUGCCCUCUUUGAUGCUUGUCUCGUUGCCCACCGUGUGUCUUAUCCACUGAGUGAUGUUACCAUCAGUCUUAUGUCAGACCUUUCUGUGGUUUCAUCAGAUCAGUUUGGGGAAAGUUGACAUUGCAGCAUUUUUAAAAUCCCAUUAUGACUGUACUAUGGACGAUUAGCAAAGUUUGUCUGUUCCAGAAUACUAUGAAGUGGAGGCGUUUGUCAGUUUUUAAACAAGGAUUAUGGAAAUAUUUUUAUUAUUUUAAUAUUUUUGAUUUCACCUGAUUUGAACAAAAUCGCCUGAAGUCUUUUUGUUUGGUUAGUAGGAAGGGAGGGUCUGACCAUAAAUUGUAAAUAAUUGUUCAAAAAAGAAACCUCGAAUGAAAAGUCGAGUAUGUUAACAUUAGCUAGGAAUCUUAAGUUUUGCCUCGUAUGAUUUUGAUUCUUUAUGUUCGUGCCUGCGUGUCUGCACGGACCUGACGGAGAUUUGGGUAGAGGCCGUGUGGGCGUGGUGGCAUAUGUGGCCGGCUGGGCGGAGCCAAAUGGGGCGUGGUGGGUGCGGCCGGCUGGGCAGGGCUUCCCUAUCCUCGCUGAGGUCCAUUUCCUCACGCUGCGUAAAUGCGAGGCACCCUCGUUAUUUCAAGUGUUUUGAGUUGAAUCUGAGUGAUGUACUUUCAUUGGGAAAAAUGUGAAUAAAACUUUCACAACAGC